AUGUCUCACCCCCCGAACGCCAGCCGGGAGAUCUGGGACUGGGACGACAGCGUCUUCCUCGGCGUCAUCCCCGAGGCCGCAGAGACGUUCAACGUCGUGGGGAACGCCAACGAACACGGAAUGGUGAUGGGAGAGACCACGUUCGGGGGUCUCCCGGAACUCGACUCUCACGGCACCGGCGGGAUCAUGGACUACGGAGACCUCAUCUGGAUAGCUUUGCAGCGCACCAAGCGUUGCGUUGACGCCAUCAAACUGAUCGACGCCCUCGUCCAGGAGCACGGUUACGCGAGCGACGGCGAGUCCUUCUCGUGCGUCGACGGCGACGAGGCGUGGCUGAUGGAGCUCAUCGGCAAGGGCAAGUUCGAGAAGGGCGCGGUGUGGGUAGCGCAAAAGGUUCCCGAUGGCGCCAUCCUCGCGCACGCCAACCAGGCCCGCACCACAACCUUCGACCAGAACGAUCCGGACAACGUCAUGUUCUCGCCCGACGUCGUCAACUUCGCGAGAAAGAUAGGAAGGUACCCCGCGGACGCCCCGGAUGCCGACUUCGACUUUAGCGCCGCGUACGACCCGGUGACUUUCUCUGGCGCUCGACACGGCGAGGCUCGCGUAUGGGACAUCUACCGGCUUUUACUCGGCAAAACUGACGAGGCUGCCGGCAAGGAGUUCGAGGAAAAAUACCUCGAUUACGUCCGCGGAUACGACCUCACGAGCGGCAGGAUGCCGCUUUUCCUUCAUCCCCCCGAGGGUUCAGCGAAGUUCUCCUUGACUGUCGCCGACGCGAUGUCGCUGAUGGGCACCAGGCUGGAGGGUACGUGGUUCGAUAAUCGCGGCAUUGACAGGCCCGAUGUCGGAGCCGGAAGCGGCCACUCGGCAUACAGGUGGCGCCCUUUGAUCUGGAAGGACACGAAAGGCGACGAAUUCGUCAACGAAAGGACGGUUGCGACGCAACAGACGAGCUGGAACUUUGUCUCCGCGAGCAGGCCUUGGCUUCCGCCUGCGAUUAGAGCGAUUCAGUGGUGGGCCCCGGACGACAGCGCCACCAGCUUGAGGGUGCCCGUGUACGGCGGAAUAACUCGUGUCCCCUACCACUUCGCUGACUCGGUCGGCCAGCUCCCCGGCGCUGCGGUGUCUCCGAAGGAUGCACCCAAAGCAGAUGCCCUGAACCCGUCAUGGGACUCGGCUUUCUGGAUUUGGAACCUCGUAUCUAAUCUCUGCUACGGCGAAAGGGCUCAGUUGGUGACCGAGGCGCUGAGAGAAGAGAUGGGACCGCUACAGAGGGACCUUCUCGACAAGAGCGUCGCGUUUGAGGCGAAGGUUGUCCAGGAAUACGAGCUCGCCAUCGACGAGUCCAACGCCGCGAAGAAAAAGUCAAUCGCCGAGAAGGCGACUGCGUUUUGCGAGCACGAGGGCGAGACUGCGUUUUACAAGUGGAGGCACGGACGGGUUCACGAUCGGUAA